AUGAACAAAAUCGUGAUCUGUGCCCUGGUUGCCUUCUGUGUUGGCGCUGUGAGCGCGGCAAAGCUGGACAAGACCCCAAAGGAAGCUGCCCGCGGAAAACGUAGUGGACUUGGCUACAGCGCUGGCAUCGGUUCCCUUGCCACCAUUGGCGGAGGAAUCGGAUCGCUUGGCGGAAUCUCUGCCGGAAUUGGCCUGGGAGGUGGAUACAUCGAUAGUGGAAUUAGCAGCAUUGGCAGUAUUGGUAUUGCCGAUGCCGGAAUUAGCCACGUCGGAAUCGCUGAUGCCGGAAUUAGCCACGUUGGAAUCGCUGAUGCUGGAAUCAGCCAUGUUGGAAUCGCUGAUGCUGGAAUCAGCCAUGUUGGAAUUGCUGAUGCUGGAUUGAGCCAUAUCUCCUCUGGAAUUGGUUCCAUCGACGCCGGUAUUGGUUCCCUCGGUGCCAUCUCCUCUGGAAUCAGCGUUGGAUCUCUCGAUGCUGGCAUUGGCUCCCUCGGUGGCAUUUCCUCCCUCGGUGGCAUCUCUUCCGGAAUCAGCGUUGGAUCCCUCGAUGCUGGAAUUGGUUCCCUCGGUGGAAUUUCCUCCCUCGGUGGCAUCUCCUCUGGAAUUAGCGUUGGAUCCCUCGAUGCUGGUAUUGGUUCCCUUGGUGGUCUUUCCGGUGGCGUAGGACUCGUUGAUGCUGGAAUCAGCGGCAUUUCCUCCGGAAUUUCCACUGGAUACUCCACCGGAAUCACCUCUGGUCUCGGAGUUUACUAA